GCACAGUUAGGGUUCGUAUUAGUUAGAGUUUGUGCAUCCCUUUAGAGAGAGCAGUUGAGAGAGAGUAGUCAGGGAACCCCCAAUGGAAGGACACGUGGACUUGGAGGCUGUAGCCUGCAAGCCCCUGCAGGUGGAGAUCGUGUCCGUACUCGGUGAGGGCACAUUUGGCGUGGUGUUGCUGGCCCGCACGCCAUCGGGGACGCAGGUGGCUGUGAAGGUAGCCCAGGAAGAGGACAGUCCCCACGGCUCAAGCAACCUGAGGCAUGAAGCAGGCAUCCUCCGCAGGCUGAAGCAUGAUCACAUCAUCCGGUUGCUGCAGGUGGGCCAAAUAGGAGGGCGCCUGUGCCUCCUCAUGGAGCUGGCGAACGGUGGUAACCUCAAGAGCUAUGUGAUGAGCCGUGGUGGUCUGGAAGAGGACGAGGCCAGGGACUUGUUGGGUCAGGUGCUGGGGGCCGUGGAGUACUGCCACGGACAGCGCAUAGCGCACAGGGACCUCAAGCCAAGGAACGUCCUGCUGGACUCGAGCAUGCACGUCAAGCUGGCAGAUUUUGGCCUCAGCUGCCUGCUACCUGAGGGCGAGCUGGUGAUAGGCUCCUGCGGGACCCUCAAGUACAGUGCCCCAGAGGGCUUUUUGCACCAGCCCUAUGAUGCUUUUAGGGCCGACAUGUGGAGUAUUGGUGUCAUCCUGUUUUGGUUGUUGACUGCGGACUUGCCCUUCAAAGGGGCAGACAAGGCGGAGCUGCAGCGCUCCGUGCUGUGUGGGGGCUACGCACUGCCCUUCGAGGUGAGCCCCGCCCUGGAGGACCUCCAGGGCUGGCUUCUGUCGUGGAACCCCAAAGAGAGGCCCACGGCAGCACAAGCUAGGCAGCAUGCUUGGUUUGCGCCCUGCCCAGAGAAAGCAGAGGACCAGAAUAUCACCCUGGUGCAGCCGCUGGGGGCUCCUGAAGACCCAGAAGCCCGGAAGUACCUGGCAAGCCUGGGGUUCCUGCCAACCCCUGAGGAGGCCAUGUUCUCAGGCACUGGUGGCCACAGCCUGGAACAGAAUACACACACAAAGGAGUGUGCCUUGCCCCUUGAAAUGAGCUCCAGGCACAGCCUGCCCGAGCUACACAGGGUGUCUUCACUGGCAAAUAGCAGGAAGGUACACAGCGAGCCUGGCCUGCCCAGCCAUGAGCCCCUGUCACCUCAGAGUCAAGAGGAGUCCACGUCAUCCAGUUCAGGUACUUUAUUCCCUGGCCAGGUACAGGAGGAGAGGGCCCCCAGCCUCAGCCUCAGUGCAGCCCCAUGCCCUGGCCCUGUGGACUUCCAGUCCAGUGCCAGCCCCAGUCUUGACACCAGCACAAGCAGCAGCGAGGCCCAGGUGGAGAUGGAAGGGCCAGCAGCUGUGCUGGUGGAGGCUGUGACCCCAGCAGCACCAGUCGCAGCAGAGCCCGUGGAGCCCUUCCCCUCUACCUGUAUCAGCAGAAGCAUUGAAGACCAGGUGGUGGCAUCAGAGAUUCCUGUAUCUGAGCCCGAGGAGCCUGGGGGCUCACCUGCCACGUGUGUCCAGAGGAGACCUGGCCGCAAGGGACUGUGCAGAAGAAUUAGCAGGGCGAUCAUCAAGUUUCUGAGGCAAGCCUGCUGUAUGGGACCAGCUCCAGAUAUCAGCUCCGGCAGGCUUGGCAUCCAUAGCAGGAAGGUGGCCCCCAGCUAGUCUAACUUGGGGCAACCCCAGAGCAGGGGUCUCCACAAUCAACCCAAUGAGCCCGAUGCUUUUCUUUCCACUGAGCCUUGACUGGGAUUCUCAUGAAUAAACAUCAUAACUGCA